AACAACAGCUGAGCUGUAGCGAUCAAGAUGAAAACCAUGAACGUCAUCGUUGUUGUUCUCGCAGUGGCAGUAGUCUUGUCACAUGGAGCAGAAGCUGUACUAUACACUGUUGGAGACGACUUGGGAUGGGCUAUUCCUCCUGGUGGCGCUGCCACUUAUGCUGCAUGGGCUGCCGAGCAUAGCUUUGUAGUUGACGAUGAGCUAGAGUUCGACUUCUUAGAAGGUGAACAAGACUUGGCCUGGGUAACCAAGGAAGACUUCGACAGUUGUUACACGGCGGAUCCCUUGUAUGUAUACCAGGAACCAACUACACUUCAGUUUCUAGUAAGCGAUACAUACUAUUUCACCUCCACUUUGGCCGGGCACUGCACCAAAGGCCAAAAGAUUGCCAUUUACAUUGGCGCGCUGCCUCCUAGUCCCAGUCCCAUUCCCAGUCCCAGUCCAUGUCCAUAUGCAUCAAGUGCUGAUGAACCCCAAUCGACCAAAUUUGUGUCUCACAAGAUCCUGUCCAGAGGAAACUAGUUUCGAUCUGCUUGUACUUAUCUAUGGUUGAAUAAUAGAAACCCUUCUGUACCAUGUGUUCAUGGAAGUGAAUCAAGUGAUGUAACCGGAAAUUGCAUGCCAUGCAAUAAGCUGAUGAUUAAGUAUGAAGUAAUUUCUUCAUUUGAGUUUUUAUA